UAGCGCUCGUCGGAUAUGACGUACAUUUGCGUGAAACCCGGCGCCCAAUCAGAGCCGUCUUUACGGGAAGUGUUUUUAGAGUUGAGCUCGACCCGACCAAUGAACAGAACAGACAUGAGCGUCGGGUGGCAUCAGUCUAGGAGAGGCCGAGGGCACAGGCAUAAGGAGCAGGGUCGAGCGAGCAGGGCUCGUGUGGUGGAGCAGAAAGCUGAAGACCCAGUGCCUCACGGGACCUGUAUGACUAUGUGUCCUGCCCAUGAGAUAUGCCAGCGGGAAGCACAGAAUCGGCUGCACAGGUUUGAGACGGCGGCCGGCACGGAGCGGGACCGGUUGCCACGCGCUGACGUCUCACGAGCCGUCAAAGAGUAUUCGAGACCCGCGGCGGGAAAAGACUCCACGAGGGCCAGCGACCUUCGACCUCCGUCUGUGCUUUUAAAGACCGCGCGUUACCUGGUCGACGACGUUGCGGCUUCCUCCUCCUUUCAGCCGUGGACGGAGGUGUACGCUUUCGUGUUUGACCGUCUGCGCAGCGUUCGACAGGACAUGAUUAUCCAGCGCGUGUCUGGGCCGGACUGUGUGGCCGUGCUGGAGAAAAGCGUGCGCUUCCUUCUCUACGCCUCCUACAGACUCUGCGGCCAGCAGCUUCAGCAUUUUGACCCACGCAUCAAUGACACUCACCUGCAGGAGUGCUUGAGCUGGUUGCUGGAGAGCUACAGAGACGGAAAGCACCAGCAUCAAGAGGAGUUUCAGGCAUUGAGUCUUCUCUAUAACUUGAGUUCAUCUCAAGCCAUUCAGCACGUCCUGGAGCUGCCCGAGAGGAUACGCAGCUCUCCGAGUGUUCAGCUGGCUCUGGCCUUGAGCAGAGCACAUACGGAGCGCAACCCGGUUCGGCUGCUGCGUCUGGCCCAGAGACUGGACUUCAUCCAGGUGUGUGCCGUCCACCGACACCUGCUGCCCUGCAGAAGAGACCUGCUCCUGCUCUACAGCCACGGACUCAGCAGCCGCAACUGCCGCUACCCGCUCCAGAGCCUGGCGCGCCUCCUCGAUCUCAAAGACGCUCUAGCUGAGCAGCUGUGCCAGGUGUGCGGCGUACACGUCAGCGGAGAGUGGGUGACCUUCUCUAAGAGCUCCUUCAGGGACGCCCCGUCUGGAGAUCUGCAGUGCAGACGUCUGCAUGAGCCGCCGGAUGACGAGCGCUGGAACUGCUCUCCUGGCAGCGUCAUUCAGGGCUGUGACUGAAACACGCUUUUUUUAUCUUCUGGGUCAUGCCAUGUUUGGAUUUGUUUUAUAGUAAAUGUUUAAACGACCUGCAUUUUCAAUAAAGCUUUCAUAAUUUACACAAACCUGGCAAACUCAGGGUUUUUCGGUGGACUUGAUGAAAUGUGAAUUUUUAUAGGUAGUCGUUUAAUAACAAAGUGCUAAGUAAAGUAAUAAACUGUUUUUAGUUUCUACUUUAUCCAUAUAAUCAACGAUUUAUUGAUCUUUAAUAUUGCAACUAAAUAUUUCUUACAUUUAUUUUAAUACAGAUUUUAAACGAUAAAGUCUUGAAUUACCUAAAUGGGUUUUUUUUGUUCAUUUUUUUGCAAUGCAAUUGCAAGUUUGCAGGUUGGAAUUGCUUGAUUUCUUUAAUACUUCUUUAUUUCCCUUUGAAUAGUAGUAUCUGUUCAGCUUUUGGGGAAAUUUUGCACAAUGUAUUAUUUUACAUUUAUGCACAAUUCUUGUUUGUGCAUGUAUUGAUGUAUUUCAAGCAUAAUAGUUAUACAUUAUAUAGCGCUUUUAUACAUUAUAUGAUGUACAGUUGCAGUAAAAAACCAAUCGGAGCUGUCUUCGCUUCAAAUCUAAGCAGCUGAGUAACAUGUGAAACUUCCAAAAGCUUGUUUUAUUUCAGUUAAUGUAUUGUGAGGUAAUGUAUUGUAGACAGCUGGAAUAAAGAGACAUGAGGGAGACGCAUA